CACUUGCAGCCCAGGAACACACACCAUGUGUCUUUUCAAAAGUGCUGAACCUCAGUGCCAAGCAUACAGUGUAGGAUUAACUGCUGAAGAAAAGCAGCAAAUUUUGGAAAAGCAUAAUGAAUUAAGAAAAAAAGUAGCUGAUGGAUUGGAAACUGAAGGAAGUCCAGGACCACAACCAGCUGCAAAAAGCAUGCCAAAUCUUACAUGGGACGAUGAACUGUCAACAAUAGCCCAAAGAUCAGCCAAUACAUGCAAAUUCGAACAUGACAAAUGUCGAGAUGUUGAGAGAUUCCAAGUUGGACAAAACAUUGCCUACAGUGGAUCUACUGAAGAAAAUUAUUCUCCCGACAUAACGACCCUUGUGCAGAUGUGGUACGACGAAGUAAAGUUAUUCAAUGGACAAGAUGUUACCAAUUUUAGUUUCAAUCCAGGUGUUGGCCAUUACACACAAUUAGUUUGGGCUAAGUCUCUGUACUUAGGUUGCGGUGCGGUUAAGUACAACGAAGAAGGAUUCAACAAAGUUUAUUUAGUUUGCAAUUAUGGACCAGCGGGAAAUGUCAUUGGCGAACCAAUGUACGAAGUUCGUUAA